CUCUUUUGACCGAUCUUUGAUCCAGUACAAUAACUUGUGGGCAUAAUUUAACUAUGUUGUAUGAUAUCAACGUAUAGCUAGGGGCUUAGAUGUUCAGCGAUAUUCAGUAUCAAAAUCUCCAUUCAGAAUUUAAUUUUCGUCUCGCGUCGGUGGUUUCGAGGACGCAUUUCAAAUUCUGGAACAAAAAAGGUAAGAGAUUACCUGUGUCCGGUGAAAAUCAAUUGACAAUGAGAUCAAUAUUGACCAAAACAACAGUUCACAAUAUUUAGAAGCUUCUACCGCCAUUAGUAAUGUUUUAGUCAGGUGUCUAAAUUUACAACCAAUGACUCAGGGCAGAAAGGUGUGUCGACACAUGGUCGUUUGUUGUGCACAGUGAAAAGAAACAAAAAUGGCGAUAGACCGAAAAAUUUCUAUCUUCGGUUUAGCGGCGAUUGGAGUGUUGAUUUUAGGCGGAAUUCUUCAUAUUGUGGCCAUAGCCUCGCCAUACUGGCACUUGACCUCUUCUAGACUAUAUACAGGAAAAGUGUUACAGAUAGGAAAUGCCGGUUUAUGGAUAGAAUGUAUAUCUUGGACAGGAGCCACAAAAUGUAUGUCACCCAGCAUAGCCGAUGAAGCCUGGAUGGGUGGUGCACGAGCAAUGGCCAUUCUGGGUAUGUUGACAGGAAGUGCAUCAUUAAUUCUUCUAGGACUGUACACAUUUCUGAGAUUAGAGACCUGGAGCAGAAUUCUAAAACUGUCAUCCAUUGGAUCCAGUAUUGGUGCAG